AUACACAAUGAAAGUGACAGGACAAUCAAUGAUGGUUGGGGACAUUAGUCUCAGUGGUUUAUGGUUUGAAAGAUGAGACAUUUACUUGACUAUUAGUAACCAGGAUUCCCUCCAUUUCUUGGCACACCUGUAGUUGCUCAGUACUCAAGUGUGAUUGUUCGGAGGUAGAACAAAGCCAGUGCUAUGUCUUCGGUACCAGUGUGUGUUAUCGUCUGCUGGUCCUAUCCUCAAUCGCUGGCACACUUACAAAUAUGGAACGGGGCCUCAUUAAAUGUGCUCUAUGCAACACUCUUAAAAGAUUCCUGUAGUUAAGGGAAUGUUAUUCUUUAAAGGGAACAUCAAGUCUAAUAUUUUAUACUCCAUUCAUUUGGUGAAAGGGGUGGCUUUGUCUCUGGCAGUCAUCACAGCCGGGUAUUAUUGCCCGUACGCCACGUUCACAUGUUAGUCGGUACUCUGAAAUGUCCGACUUGCUAAUAUGUUCUAGGUAAACACGUGCCGCAUUAAAACAGUGAUCAAGUUAGACAUUUCAGUUUCCUAUUUGUGACUAGCAGGUGAACAUGACAUUAACCCCUGCCUUCACCUGUUGGUGUUGGCACAUCUAAGGGAGAAAGGGCUUGGACUGAAAUGCAUCGGCCUGUAGAUUUUAAUUUAGGACAGGUUAUUAAAAUUAAAACCUUCCUGACACUGCGAGGAUUUCAAAGAUGGUUAAGUACAGAGCUGGUCUAUACACAAGAUCCCCUCUCACCUCUGUUAUUUGAAGGUUUUUGGGUCCUAAGCAGGCUGUUUUGUGCCCCAGCGACUCCUGCAAAGAGGAAGGCUGACAGCAAAAAGGAGACCCCACCUGCCAAGAAGGCCAAGUCUGAAAGCGACGAAUCCUUCUGUCUAUUUAUCGGCAACCUGAACUCAAACAAGGACUUUGAUGAAAUCAAAGAAGCCUUGGCAGCUUUCUUCUCAAAGAAGAACCUUGAAGUUCAGGACGUCAGACUUGGCGCAUCAAAGAAGUUUGGCUACGGAGAAUUUUCCUCAGCGGAGGACAUGCAGACGGCCUUGGAGCUGAACGGAAAGAAGUGCAUGGGACAGGAGUUGAAGAUGGACAAGGCCCGCCGCAAAGAACUCCCAGGAGGCCAAGAAAGGUACAUUUUUAUUACUUCUGCUAUUUGUAUUGCAUUGACUAAAUCUUGCUGUUUGAAAAUGGAAAUGUGAUAAUUGAAUAAACUGAAGUGGUGAUUUUAAA